UUUGGAAUUAUUUUGGACUAAGCCCCCCUCCAGCUCCCAUUUUUGAAGUCCCUGUCAAAACAAGAUAGGUUACAGGGAUGGUCCUAUCUCUAUAGAAUAGAUGAUGCUUGUAAAAAACAUAUCAAGCGUAAACAAUAAAUACAAUAGAGAAGAUAAACGCCAUUGAAAUUUCUUAUUAUAAAAAAACCAGAUUUGAAUAGGUGUAUCAUUGAUAAACCACCGACUUCAUUGUGGUAUCGUAUGAAAAUUGUUUCACAGACAGUAAAUAGUCUGAUUUCAAACAGUUUCUCCCGUUUUGAUGGAAGCAAUCUAGAAAUGUUGUUUUGCCAAGCAUCCAUUCCUGCUGAUCAUCAGUUACACUAGGUAUGGACACAAGAGAACUUCCCAGGGUUCUUUCAAGGAAGUCAGUGAAUACUUUUGCAAGAGCAUCUAUUACAAGCUUGGAGUCCAUUCCCCAAAACACAGCCCCUGCAUCAUCUAUUGUUGAAACCACAAGAGAGCAAUCUCCUCAACUUGAGCUGCAUCACAUGGAAAGCUCCAAUUCAAUAGAUUCGAUUGCCAACGAUGAAAACCAGACUAAGGAGGAGACUGACUGGGAGAAUAAAGAUGAGCUCCACCUUCUGAAACGGCUGGCUGAGAAGUAUGGCUACACUAUCGUUGACAACAGAAAAGGAAGCAGGCUAGGACAAAACCAGAAAACAGACAGUGUCGAUAGUGCUGUCAGAGCUCAAAAAUCUAAAUCUAUGCUUGAAAGAGAUGACAAAAUACAGCAGCAAGUUAAUCAUAGCACUGACCAUAGUGAAAGAAAAGAGGGUGAAACGAAUAGAGUAAACAAACGUGCCAGCUUCAUCAGGAAAAUUUCGUUACUUGAGAAAAAGAAAGAAGGAAAUAAUGGCCUUCCUGUGGCAGCUUUAAAUGAAACUGAGGUUGAUAAAAAUGAAUCUGAAAUGCACAAGAGCGAGCUUGAGAAACAGAGGGUAGGUGGUACAAGAGAGGAAGCUGUGCUUUCUUUUUCUUCAAAAUCGAGUUUUAAAACACAAGAAAUUAAUAAAGACAAACCCAGAAUAUCUGAAACUGGUAAGAUAAAAGCAGAAAGUGAGACAAAAAAACCACCAUUUGAAAAAACAGGAAAAGAGGAACGGCAUAGUAACGAAAACAGCGAGACACGAAUAGGUCGAGUUGAACUAAACACGGGUAAUGACGAAGCAAAACGAGAUUCCAAAUCGACGUUUGAGCGAUGGUUGGAGCGAAAGUCUGCACAAAAACGAGAAUCUUCUGCAAAAGAAAGCAGCCAAGGAAAUGAAAGCGAAAAGCGACGGGACAUGUGCGACCAGGCAUUUAAGAAAUGGCUGCAAUUGAAAAAAGUAAGAUACCGGAGCGCUUCUGUGUCGCCUAGGCCGAGUUUUCAAGAAAGCAGGCGGGAAAUCAAACGGCCAAAAAGUGGCCUAAGUUUCGAAACGUGGAUGAAAGGAAAAGGAAAAGUACAGCCUAGAUCAUCGAGUAUGACUGAAACAACAACACAUUUGCCUGUGAAAAGAGCAUACAGCUCAGGAAUAACUUACUCUGAAUGGAUCGAUUCAAAACGAAGCCAGUUUAAACAGAGCUUGGGAAAUGCGGAGGAGGAAAAUAGCAACGCCGCGGCAUCUCCGAACAGAGUAAGAUUAAACGGUAUAACAUUUGAGAACUGGGUUGAAGCGAAAACUGAGCAAUUUCAAAUUGAACGUGUAGAAAAGGACACUGAAAAAAUGCGGUUAGAAUAUGAGAAAGAAAUGGAGUAUGAAAGAAAACUGAAAAAUUCGAAUGUUAAGACUUUCGAGGACUGGUUGUUCGAAAAGGAGUUCGAAGAUCGUAUCCGGAAAACUAAGGAAAAGAAAGCAAAGAGAAAGAGUCGUAAAAAUAAGACAAAAUAUGAAGAAGAUUCCAAUUUAGUAUAUAAUAUGUGGUUAAUGAACAAACAUUUAAGUGAAAUGGAAAAAGAAGAAGAAAAUUUAAUUGCUCUACGUGAAGAAUGGAAGCGAAAAAAGAAAAUGCAGCUGAAAAUUGGAACAGAAAUGGAAAAAGCUGAAGCAAUAUAAUAAAUCCCUGUGACUAGUGGUUGGAGGGUAAAGAUGGCUGGGGUUGUGGGGGUAGUCCCCCAACUCAACUGCUGCUGUAAGGGCUAUGUGAUUGUUUCUUCCAAAAAGUGGUAGAUUAGUUCAUUAAAUAGCGAGAACGGCAAAUGUAUAUCGACUUGUCCAUAUUUGGCUACUCUUAUAUUUCCCCAGUAUACAAAAAUGAAAAACUUAAGAUAUAAUGUAAAUAAACCUAACUUACGACGCAAUGGGGUGAAGCGAUACAAAGAUUUAACUCACUGAGUCAUUUAUUAAUUGGAAGUGAACUUCAGGAUGGCCCAGAAAAGCAACAAUUUUUAGAGUGCGAAAUGCUGUAUGAGAAGAAAAAUGUGACUUUGUUUGUAGCUACAAUAUACAUACACAAUAUUUGUAAACAAAGCAAGAUAUUAGCGAUAAACAUGGCAUCUUUUUGCCAUCAUCUAGAGUUCCUGUAUCUGAGAAAUCUAAAGAGAAAAAAUGUGUCUAAAAAUGGUUUUGCUUUCCAUGCCAUCAUGAGGUUUGUAGCUUUUCAGAAUUGUGAAUGUAUAUAUUUUGUAGAUAUAUCAUUUAAUGUAAUUUUGUACAUGCGA